GACGCUCGUGCAGUCAUGUCGCCGCGGGUCAGUUUACUUAUCUUGUUUAUUGUAAUCCCGGUGUAUGCGAGACGCGGCGGCGGCCGCGGUCACGGGGGUCAUGGGGGUCACACGUACCCCUCGUCGCACGGUCUGUCCGGUACCGGUACUGGCAACGGCCACUAUUCAGGAGGUGGCACGUACCCGCAAUCAACAGGUCUCUCCGGUAACAACAGAGCGACACACGGCACGACCUACCACCACACGGAGGUGCAUCAUCACCACUACAGUCCGCCGCAGCAGAUAAAUUACGGGUCGGGGUACCACCCCGUCUACCACGAGCGACCGCCGGUGUACGUAUACGAAUACAGGAACUCUGGUAGCAGAUUCGACACUUUGCUCACUGGAUUGGCUUUGUAUAACCUAGGCAGAAUGUCGGCGCACCACAGCCACUACGACUCCCACAGGGAGUACACAGGCACACCUGGGGAGGUGUGCAAGAUGGUUAUAAGUAAAACUAACGGCGAGUACGAAGAGACGCGUAUCGACUGCAAGCUAAUGUCGAGUUUCAUUUGGGAAGCCGAGCGAGAGAGAGAACAGAACCGAGUUGUGUCGACGAAUACUGUUACGACGGUUAAAGAAACGACUAGUGUAGAUUCUAGUAACGACAACUCGGUGGUGAAGACAACGAUUCAAAACACGACUGUGGUGGACGCGUUACAGGUGAAAGGUCCCUCGUUGUCCGUCACUCCUGGGAUGACGUGUUACAUGAUUCGCGUAUCAAGAGACACCAGUGUUUUAAAGAAGAACGUCGAGUGUGGUUUGUUGCAAGCGUACGCCCAAAGCUCAUUCAGAAAUAAUGCACGGCGCAAUGCUCCGCGUAUACUGAUCUCAGUGAUAUUUAGUUUAAUUUUCUUAGUCAAAUAAAAUUUACUUAAUACAAUAAUUCUCUAAAGGACAUUUAAGCAAGCAUUUAGUAAGCAAAGGAUUUUAUUAACACUGCUAAAUAUAAUGAUUUUUUUUUUA